UUUGUCACUGCUUUCCAGAACUGGGCAGAGAUGGAGUUCGCGAUUAUCCAGCUGCUCGUGUUCCUUCUGCUGGCGGCUGUGGACGUGGGCACGGCGGUGUACGACCGCUACUGGCGCCACGCGACGCAGAACAUCGGCUAUGUGGCUCACUUGGCUGGCGCUGUCGCUGGCCUCUUAGUAGGAAUCGGAGUUCUCCGGAACCUCGAGAAGAGAAAAUGGGAGAAACGCCUCUGGUGGGCAGCAGUCGUCAUCUACUUCUCCCUGAUGAUCGCCGGCAUCCUGGCCAACAUAUUCUGGACCGAUCGGUUCUUAGCAACAACGCCUUAAGACGGAGCAGUAAGGUUCC